GUGCAAAUUGUUUGGAGAAAGUGCCACACACAUACAACAAGCCCAACUACAAAAACCCACCCCCUCUUCCUUCUCUUCCCCCCAUUUGUUACCACAAACUCAACAUUUUCACUAACUCUUUCUUUAGAAAAUUCAUUUCUUUUCCCUAUCAUGGCUAGAUCACAACAGCGAUACCGAGGUGUCCGACAAAGGCAUUGGGGCUCUUGGGUCUCUGAAAUUCGACACCCCAUAUUAAAAACUAGGAUAUGGCUAGGAACUUUUGAAACUGCUGAGGAUGCAGCAAGAGCCUAUGAUGAAGCAGCAAGGCUAAUGUGCGGCACAAGGGCAAGAACAAAUUUCCCUUACAACCCAAAUGCAUCUCAGUCAUCAUCUUCGAAGCUUCUAUCGGCAACUUUAACUGCAAAACUGCAUAGGUGCUACAUGGCUUCUUUGCAAAUGACAAGGCCAUCAUCACUACCAGAGCCUCAGAGAGUGGCUUCACCGAACGUCAUCACCUCUGCAAGUAACUUCUCCGUAAAGAGUAACGAAACUAAAACAAUGUUGCCACAGAAGAGAGAACAGGAGGAGCAAGAAGUGGAGGAGAAUUGGGUUUUGAAGAAGGUUAAGGUGGAAAGGACUCAGCAGUUCAAGCCUCUUGAAGAGGAUCACAUUGAACAAAUGAUAGAGGAGUUGCUGCAUUAUGGCACUAUUGAGCUUUGCUCUGUCAUUCCCCACCAUAGGCUCUUUUAAGCAUUCACCAAUCUUUUUUAUUUUAUUGUUAGUUCAAAUUCUUAUUCUGCUAAUUUAACUAAUUCCUUUGGACAAUUUCAGUUUCAGUUAUUACUAUUAUUAUUAUUAUUAUUAUUAUUAUCAUCAUCAAGUGCUUUAGGUGGUAGACUAGACUAGAACAUAUCUUCCAAGUGACUCUUUAGACAAUGCUGUAUGUAUAGCCAGCCAAUCAUGUUGAAAUUGUGUCUUUGUUUUGUUUCAGUCUCAAUCUGCAUUUAGUUGCUGAAGCAGUAUCUUGUCUUAAAUGUAAGAGGGUUUGGCAAAACAGCAUGACUUUUUAGCCAACUUGCUUGACCAAUCCUUUAUUUCAAACAUUGCAGUUUUAUGCACUGACAUUGCUCUUAAUUUGACACAUCUGUUUGAAAAUCAAAUGUUCCUAUCAGUUUAAAUAAAAUAAAUUAAAUUAAUUGUCCUGAA